AUGUUAGUUGAAGACACAUCCAGCUUGGACAGAAUAAAUGAUAGAACCCUCCGCCAUCUUGCCACAUAUUCACCUCUCAUUCCAACCACCCAGCGAACUUAUCUUUCACACGAAAACACACCCGCACAAGUUGUUCGUCAAUCUUUGGACAUAACUCUUCUUUCCGAAUUCCCUCUCCUUCUUUCCUUGACAAUAAAGCUCAAUGUACUGGUUUUCACCGUCCUUCUUUCCUUGACAAUAAAGCUCAAUGUACUGGUUUUCACCGUAUGGGGUGCCUGUGAGGACGUGCAGAUACUGGAAAAGCUCCGCCUGGACACGUACACAAUAUCCAACCUCCAUGUUCUUGACGAAGCACACUCGGGUACUCAUUUACUUGAGGUGGCUGGUCUGAAGCUUCGCUUAUUCGGACUUGGGGGUGCUCUUGUUCCUCAUAAGAUGUUUGACAACGGGGAUGCCAAUGCCACUAUCGCUGGAGGGUUGGGAACGAUGUGGACUACAGCUCUUCAAAUUGGUCAGCUCGUAGACACUGCUCAACGUGCUUUUGAUCCCACGGAGACACGUCUUUUGGUUACUCAUGCUUCACCUGGUCGGGAAGGUAUCAUUGCUCAGUUGGCUUUGGUUUUGAAGGCGGACCUUACGGUUUCGGCUGGUUUGCACUUCCUAUAUGCCUACAACGGGUUCAGCGAGCAAUUCUAUAAGAUUUGGGAGAGCGUGAAGACACAGGCGGAUGCUGUGAUUGACGAACAUCAGCAGGUGUUGCUUAACAAAGCCCUUUACGUUGUUGAGUGUAUACCUCCUGCGUUCGGCGCUCUGCGAAGGAGACUCUUUGCUGACUUGUUAUUCGCAGAUGAUCAUUGGCGUUAA